UUGAGCCUGUAUUUAAAAUUUGUGUGUCUGUUUUCCUUCCCAUUUGUGCCAACAUGCUAUAAAAACCCUUUUUAACUCCCAGUGACGGUACACCGACGACGGUGAAUCUUGAAGAGCAGGCAGGGUUCAGUUUGACAAAGCUCAAAAAAGUCCGCGGGGAAGUUCCCUAGGAAAUCCCCCAAGACAGUUCGGGGAUAUUAUUCUCGACAGUGAUGCGCCAAAGCUCCGACACAACCGAGCUGCAUUUGUAAAGACAGGGCUAGAAGCAGAGGCGUCAAAUGCUGGAUUAUUAAAAGGAUCCUUCUGUCAAAUCUAAAUUACAAAAACUGCAAUGGAUAACGCCAGUAUAAACACGGAUAAUGACAUGCUUAAAGUGCGGAGUUACAGUACGCUGAAUUCUCUGUAUCACGAGACGCGGCAGGAAAUCGACCUUCUGAACAAACAGAUUUAUGUAAAGGACAAUAUCAUUUCAGAUUUAAAAGCGAGGCUGGGGAGAUAUGAGAGGAUCUACAUGACUGUGGGAGACAACGAGUCUGUGGUCAUCGGGCCGUCCAAGUCUUUGUUGGAGAGCUUGUGUAAAGAAAUAUGCAAACUGAAACAGAAGAGGAACGAUAUGGAAUUUAAGGCAUCUCGACAAGCAGAGGAGAUCCAGAGGCUGAAUGUGCAGCUCAGAGAGAAGGAGCUGGAGCUGGAGAGUGUCAGGUGUCAGCCGGACCACGAGAAGGACCAGGAGAUCCAGAGGCUGCGGUCCGCCCUGGAGGAGAGGGAGCGGUCUGAGGCCACCCGAGCCAUACUCUGCACGUCCCUGGCGGAGGAGGCCGAACAGCUACGCAGCCAGCUUGGCGCAACGGUGAAGGUGUGCCAGGAGCUGCUGGCCAGGAUGGAGAAGGAGAAGAAGGGGGGAGAAGAAGCGGAGGUGGUGGUUCAGCAACAAAAGCCUAAGGAGAUAACAGAGUCCUCUGACAUUAAUGCCCAAAUCAGUCAACUUCAGGAGGAGAAUCAACAGCUAAAGCAGCGAGUGGCAUAUGUACAAGGUCUGAAUUCUCAGUGGCAGAAGUAUGACUCCAGCAGGGAGGACUAUAUCAGAGGCUUGUGCCAGAGGCUGAAGGAGACCACUGGGCAGGGCUUGAUGCCUGGGCUGGGCUCUGCAAGCACUGGGUUGCUUCAUCAUGAGAUUUCCAGGCUCAAUGGCUUACUGGAGGAGAAGAUGAGCGAGUGUGAGCGGCUGGGUAGAGAAAUGAAUGAGCUAAGGAGGCAAGACCAGGAGUGUAUCCAGACUCUGGGGCAACAGGUCCUAAUCUACACUGAGGACUUUAAGUCGGAGCGAGCCGACAGAGAGCGAGCACAGGGCCAGAUCCAAGACCUGAAGGAGCAGAUUUAUCAGUUAAAAAGGCAGUUACACAAACAGGAGGGAGCCAGCAGAGAGAACAGAGAAGCGCUUCCCAUGUGUCGUGUGCACAUAGGACACAGAAUCUCCUCAAGGCGACAUAAGGACUCGCCCGAGCCUCUUUUGAGAGCCACUGCUGAAAUGCAGCAACAGCCUGCAGGUGCAGCAGCAACACCAAACCCUGCCUGGAACGAAUGCCCAGGCCUGUCAGAGCUACAGUGCCCGCGGUGCCUCGCCACCUUCAAUGACAGGGACGCUUCAGAGUACCUGAACCAUUGUGAAGAGUGUGCCAAACUAUAAACAGAACAACACUCAUGUGGAAAAGACAGUUAUCUCUUGCUGACAGUAAUUGAACACUGAAGAGCAGCACUACACGGCAGAAAAAAUUCCUGGUUGGAGUUUCCAAGUCGGAGAGGGUUGACAACAAAUGAAACGACUGACUUAAGAAGUUUGUACACAGUGAAGAAAAACUGUACAGCCCACAGUUCCCCCGUUGCAAGAGAAAUUAGUUCAUCAGACUUUGUUAAGUCUGUAUAGUUUUAAAAAGUCCAUUGUCAGGUUCCUAGUGUGCUCCUGUGGCAAUGCAGGAGGUUAUUGUGGUGGGGAAGUGGAUGCCAAUGCAAUAUAUCCAAUAUCAUAUACCUCAAUGUGUCAAAUUACAAACCUGUUGCACUUUCUUGACAUUUAGCCAAAAACUAAUCGUAGGAUUGUACGAUUGAGAGAUUCAUGAUGCAUAAGCUUCUUAUUUAGGAUCUAGACACAUCUAGUUGACAAUGUGGUGCUAUUAGUUGUUUAUUUUUGAUUGAAAUUUACAUAUUUUUGUUCUGUGAAUUAUAUAUUUCUUAAUAACAGAUUUAAAAUAUAUAACUAUUAAUAUUUAUUCACCUUUGCAUAAAUAAUUGGGAAAAGCGAAUCACUUUAGUGCAAUGUUUUGUUGCCUUUUUCCAUUAAAGCCAUGAAAUAUAUUUUUCCUGGUAAACUUUUGGGAUCAAAAAUGUUAAAUACAACUGGAAACAUGUUUGGGAUCUACUUUUUGAAAAGAUGUAUGUAAAGAUUGCAUCCCAUCUGACAACAUGCUUAUUUUUUGGAGAUCUGGUGCCAUUUUUUCUGAGCUGGCACAUAAUUUUUAUAAUAAAAGGCUGUUUACACACA